AACUAAUUGAAAGCCAGCCACAGACAUCCAAGAAGCAGGAAUUGAUCUCUCUUUUCUCUCACACGCUAGCUAGGUGUAAUACAUCAGGCAAUUACUUUUCUUACUUCAUUGACACCUACCAUGGCCAAAUCCAAAGCUUUGAUGCCCACUUUCUUUAUCUCAUUGAACCUUAUUUUCCUCUUCUCCUCCGUAGUCACAGCCUCUUACUCUAAAACCAUAUCACCAACACUAUUGGGCUUCCGUGAAGAGAAGCUCACCCACCUCCACUUUUACUUCCAUGAUAUUGUCGCGGGCCCAAACCCGAGCAUGGUCAUCGUGGCCGAGCCAAACGGGAAGGCCCCAAAUUCCCUCCCGUUCGGAACGGUGGUGGCCAUGGACGACCCCUUGACUGAGGGGCCCGAGCGUGACUCCAAGCUCGUGGGAACCGCACAGGGGAUUUACACCUCGAUAUCUCAGAACACUCCGGAUGACAUGGGGCUUAUGAUGGUGAUGACAUUAGCUUUCUCUGAGGGAGAGUUUAACGGAAGCACGCUAUGUAUGAUGGGGAGGAACAUGAUCAUGCGGUACCCUGUGAGGGAAAUGGCCAUUGUUGGUGGCACUGGAGCUUUUCGACUUGCUCGUGGGCAUACUGAGGGCAAGUUUCAUUCAGUUGAUUUCACCACAGGAGAUGCAACUGUGGAAUACGAUGUUUAUGUCUACCAUUACUGAUAAGAGUUCACGGUCAAGGUUCAUUCACCAAUGUGCCAAGUUGUGUUAUUCUUUAUAUCCUUUAUUUUGGGUAGAGCUAGUGUACCAUUUUGUAAUAAAUAGUGAGAAACUGUAAUGCAUGUACGUUUAUGAUUCAUUGAUAGGGUCCUCUACUCCUCUUGAACCCAAUAAUGCUAGGAACACCAAAGCUGUAUGUUUAUAUGAGGUGUAUUUUUAGUUAUGAAUUAUAUAUUAUAUAUGUAUCCAGUUUAAUUGUCGUUGACAAAUUAUAUUCAUAGCAAUUUACUAUUGUUUCA